CGGUUCCUUUUGGCCAUGAAGAGGCAGAACGUGCGGACGCUGUCCCUGAUUGUCUGCACGUUCACCUAUCUGCUGGUCGGGGCCGCGGUGUUUGACGCGCUCGAGUCGGACUUCGAGAUGCGGGAGAAGGAGCAGCUCGAGGCGGAGGAGAAGCGACUCCAGGGCAAGUACAACAUCAGCGAGGACGACUAUAGAAAGCUGGAGACCAUCAUCUUGGAGGCCGAGCCGCACAGAGCAGGGGUCCAGUGGAAAUUUGCAGGGUCCUUUUACUUUGCCAUCACUGUCAUUACGACUAUAGGUUAUGGCCAUGCGGCUCCAGGCACAGAUGCAGGAAAGGCGUUCUGCAUGUUUUAUGCAGUUUUGGGCAUUCCUCUCACACUGGUGAUGUUUCAAAGUCUCGGCGAGAGAAUGAACACCUUCGUCAAGUAUCUGCUCAAGCGUAUCAAAAAGUGCUGUGGGAUGCGCAUUACGGAUGUGUCCAUGGAGAACAUGGUGACUGUAGGGUUCUUCUCCUGCAUGGGAACGCUCUGUAUCGGAGCGGCGGCUUUCUCCCACUACGAGGACUGGAGUUUCUUCCAAUCCUAUUACUAUUGUUUCAUAACGCUCACUACCAUUGGGUUUGGGGACUUUGUAGCCCUGCAGAAGAACAGAGCCUUGCAGAGAAAGCCACUCUACGUGGCAUUUAGCUUCAUGUACAUCUUAGUGGGGCUGACAGUAAUCGGAGCAUUUCUCAACUUGGUGGUGUUGCGUUUCCUGACCAUGAACAGUGAGGACGAGCGGCGGGAUGCGGAGGAGAGAGCCUCGCUCGCGGGAAACCACAGUAGCAUGAUUAUCCAUAUCCAGGAGGACACGCUUCAGAGGAGGCGACGGAGACGAGAGCAGCAGCAACAACACUACAGAUCAGAAGUCCCUGAUCUCCAAUCUGUGUGCUCAUGCAUGCAUUACCAUUCGCAUGAGUUUGGGAGUUCGGUCGGUCUUGGGUUGGGCAUGGGAGGAGGCGGAGGGGGAGCGUUUCCGCACCAGAACUCGUUCGGCUCCCAGUUGAGUCCACAUCAGUACUACAACUCAGCGGUGUCCUACCGCAUUGAGGAAAUCUCACCAAGCACGUUGAAAAACAGCUUCCAACCCUCGCCCAUCAGCUCCAUCUCACCUGGGCUGCACAGCUUCACGGAAAACCUACGAUUGAUGAGAAGACGCAAAUCCAUUUGA